AUGCUUGGCCGCAACGCUCUUCGUAAGGCUGCGCUCAGCUCAUCAAAGCUUCAAUAUGUAAAAACGCUUCGCCCAAUGAGCUUUCACUCCACAGGAAGUGUACGCAAGGAUGAAGCUCAGGCGGAGGAGAUUCCAGUGCCGACGCAGGGCUUACUGGAUCAAGCUGGCCUGACGGACUGGAAGAUUUCGGCCCCAAUUAUCGGUGCCCUGGCCAUCCCCGCUAUCUCGAACCAUUUUUACGUUCUCAAUGAAGAGUCGCAAUUAGCCUGCUGCUUCCUGCUCUUCUGCACGGCUACUUACAAGUUUGGCGGUGAAAUGAUCGCUUCGUACUUUGAUGAACGCGCAGCUGCUAUUUUAAGCGAGCACAAUGCAGUGGAAGAUGCGAACCUGGCCUUAGCAAAGGAAACGCUUGAAACUCACAAGUCAAUGCUUAACAUCCACGAGGAUAUUGCUGCCGUUGCCGAGGCUCACAAGGAAGCUAUAGCUCUUAUGUGCAAAGUGCAAGCUUACAAAUUGCGCCACAAGACGCGUGACACCUUUGUCAAAAAUCUUGAGUCUAUCCGCCAAAUUGAAAGCAGUUACAAACUGGAGCUGCAAAGAUGCAUGGUAGCUUCCGCCACUUCGAAGGUUCGCACCGUCGUCCAAAAGGGCGACAAGAAGCUCAAGGAGACCGCUUUCAGACACGCUCUGGACAUUUUAGGUAACGUCGACGUGGACGAAAGUAAGGAGGAUGACGUAGCUGCUCUUUUUUCCAAGGAGUUGCGUGCGUACGCGUCUGACUUGGAAUCUAAGCAGGGCCAAGUGAUCAAGCUGUCGACCGAAGAACAAAGCGAGCUGCAGGCUGACUUGGACGCCUACAUGAAGCGCUUCGAUCUAGAGGAUGCCAACUUUAAGGCUCCAAAGGAAGUUAAGCUUGAGCUUAUGUAA